UUUUAUUUUGCAAUUAUCACAAUAAUAAAUUUAGGUUAAUCCGAUAAUUAUGGAUGUAUACUCCUUAGGGAUACUGUACACUUGCAAUUCUAACAGCUACGUGGCAGAAACAUUCACCAAGCCAGCAAAGGAUACACAUUAACUAUUACGUUGAAUAAAAAGUCUUCGGUCAAAUCACCAUCAAUAAUUCAUAUUAAUCAAACUUAUCUUUAAGGUGUGACAACACAAAUUUCUUUACGCAAUUCAUUUCCAGGAAAAUUCUGGAAAGAAGAACGAGUAAUUAGUCCUCUUUCAUCCGCCUCCUCCAUUUCCCUGUCCCCUCUCCAUUUCUUUAUGCAGAAGCAUUCAUGUGUUUCAAGCUUAUAAUACUACUUGUACUAGUCAGCAUAGCAGCUGCUGAAGAUCUCAAUUUCGCCUACCAUGGUUUCGGGUCUGCAAAUCUUAGCCUAGACGGCAUAGCAAGAGUGACACCCAAUGGUCUUCUGAGGCUUACAAAUUACACUAGAUUCAAGAUUGGUCAUGCCUUCUAUCCCAACCCAGUAAUUUUCAAGAACUCAUCUAACGGUACAGUUCUCUCCUUCUCUACCACUUUCAUCUUUGCUAUGAGAUAUACAGGUCUCUAUGGCCACGGAAUAGCCUUUGUCAUCGCUCCAACAAGAGGGCUGCCCCACGCUGCUCCAGCCCAACACCUAGGCCUUUUCAACUUUACAAACGAUGGCAAUCCAACAAAUCAUAUUUUUGCUGUUGAGCUUGACACUUUUCGGAACGAUGAGUUCAAGGACAUCAAUGAUAACCAUGUCGGGAUUGAUAUUAAUGGUUUGGCCUCUGAGGUGGCUUCUCCUGCCGGAUAUUAUGUCGGAGAAAGAUUGAUCACCAGUGGCCAACCGGUACAAGUUUGGGUGGACUAUGAUGGUAGCAAGAAGCAAAUCAAUGUCUCUUUGGCUCUAGUUAGUAAUGGUAAGCCCUAUAUUCCACUUUUGUCUUUGACACGCGACCUUUCCCCAGUUCUUCACAGAACCAUGUACGUGGGCUUCUCCUCGUCCACUGGCCAGCUUACUGCUUCUGCUUACUUGUUGGGGUGGAGCUUUAAGAUGAAUGGUCAGGCUGAAGAACUUGUUCUCUCACAACUUCCCAAGAUGCCUCGGCUAGGACCUAAAAAAAUAUCUAAACUUUUGACCAUUGGUCUUCCUGUGAUCUUGGUGAGUGUCGCUUUGCUAGCAUUUCUUUUUUGUGUCAACCAUGCCUUAAGAAGAAAGAAGAAGUUUGCAGAACUGCUUGAGGAUUGGGAGCUUGAAUAUGGGCCUCAAAGGUUUAAAUACAAAGAGUUAUAUAUUGCCACAAAAGGGUUUCGAGAAGAGGAACUUUUGGGAAAGGGUGGAUUCGGUAAGGUUUAUAAAGGUAUAUUGCCCACCUCUGGGAUUGAGAUUGCUGUGAAGAGGGUCUCACACGAAUCAAGACAGGGGAUGAAGGAGUUUGUGGCAGAAAUUGUCAGCAAUGGACGUCUUCGUCACCGAAAUUUAGUCCCAUUAUUGGGCUACUGCAGGAGAAAAGGAGAGCUAUUGUUGGUUUAUGAGUACAUGCCUAAUGGAAGCCUGGACAAGUACCUCUUUGGCCAACCGGCGGUUACUCUCGAUUGGAGGCAAAGAGUUAGAGUCAUAAGAGGUGUAGCAUCAGGGUUGCUUUAUUUGCAUGAAGAAUGGGAUCAGGUUGUGGUUCACAGAGAUGUCAAGGCCAGCAAUGUAUUACUAGAUGGGGAAUGGAAUGGAAGACUAGGAGAUUUUGGGCUUGCAAGAUUAUAUGACCACGGCUCAGACCCUCAAACUACUCAUAUAGCUGGAACAUUUGGGUAUCUAGCUCCUGAGCAUGCAAGAUCAGGUCGGGCCACAACAAGCAGUGAUGUGUUUGCUUUCGGUGUAUUUUUGCUUGAAGUUGCAAGUGGAAGAAGGCCAAUAGAGUAUCAUGGCUCUGAGGAUGUGAUUUUGGUUGAUUGGGUCUUUUCUUGUUGGAAAGGAAGUAAUAUUCUUGAGGCGAAAGACCCAAAGUUAGGUAAUGAUUUUGUAGCGGAGGAGGUGGAGUUGGUGUUGAAGCUUGGGCUGUUGUGCUGCCAAUCAGAGCCUACAGCAAGGCCAAGGAUGCGCCAAGUUGUGCAGCAUUUGGAGGGUGAUAUUCCUUUGCCUGCAGAGUUGUCACUUCUCAGUGCCUCUGCAAGUGGCCUAGCCAUUUCUCAGAAUGAAGGUUUUGAUGAGUCUACAAUGGCCUGGGGGUCUUCACCAUCAUCAUAUGCUGCAGAUUCGUCAUUCCUCUACAGUGGUCGAUGAAUCCAAAAGCAACAAGAUCUUCUGUGUAUCUGGUAUUCAUAGCAUAUAAAAAUGAGUGGCACUCCUAAUACUUACGAUUUUUGUAAAUUUCAAUCCAUUCAAGGCCAAUCAUACUAUCAUACACAAGUUUGUUCUUUUGUUCUUUGCUAUUCUAUCUGCAGUCUGCACGGAGCAAUACGGAUUUUGUGCAUUGCACAGAGCAAUAUAGUCAUACAGUCAUUGUUCUUGUUCACUCGUGUUCGUCAUCAAAAUUUAGUAUGUCUCUUGGGCUUAGCGUUUCCUCACAAAGAAGGCUUUGACGAAAUUGCAAUGGGCGCGGGGUUUUCCCAUUCAUAUGCUGCAGAGUCAUCACUCCUCUCAGCCUCUCAGGUGGUCGUUGACACCAAGCACAUAGCAUUCUCUAGUAAAUAUUUUUAUAAAGUACAACAUAAAAUCCACAAUCGGGAAUCAGAACAAUCUGUUGUUUUGUAUCUAAGUGCUUAUUUUAGCUUGUCAAUGUAACAGGUUCUCUGUGUCUUCGUCAAACAUGUGAUUAUCUCUA